AUGCGCUGGGAUGUUUGGAAUUAUCGGCACUACCGGAAGUGGGUGGUAAUAGAAAUCGCGACAGGGAACGGGAAGCGGAAGCGGAAGCGGAAGCGGACGCGGUCGAAGCGGGAUUCGAACCGGGCGCGCGGCUCGCGGUCUGCGGUCGGACUGCGCGCUGCGUCACGGGGGCUUUCGAACACGAUAUGUGUGGAAAUUGUGAAAAUUUGGGUCGACGGUGGACGGCCUGGGUACGUGGAGUGCGGGGCCGCUAAGCCGCUCCAAUUAGGCGGCCUCGUUGCGCGCGGGGCUUCCGCGGACCGCGCUUGGCCACCUCUGCCCACCCCCGCUGGCGUUGGGUCUUAUAUGAUCGGAGCCGAAUACUACGAACAACCA